UUUCAAAUGUCAAAAUACAGAAGAAACGUCACGUCGAACUUUCUAAACUAAUUGCUGUUCAUUAUUCAUUGAAAUUUCGGAAAACCAACAAGAAAAACAUGGAUAUUCAACUGUCCAAAGAAGACAUUGAAGCCGUAUUCCAUAGACUAAGGGCUAUCCAAACGAACAAGGUUUGUUUCGAUUGCAACGCAAAGAACCCCACAUGGGCCAGCGUCACCUACGGCGUGUUCAUUUGCUUGGACUGCUCGGCAGUCCACAGAAGCCUCGGAGUGCAUCUCACGUUCGUGAGAUCCACACAGCUCGACACGAAUUGGACCGCCUUGCAAUUGAGGCAAAUGCAACUAGGCGGGAACAGUAAUGCAUUGCAAUUCUUCAGUCAACACAAUUGUAACACGAACGAUGCCCAGAAAAAGUACAAUUCCCGCGCCGCCCAACUCUAUCGAGAGAAGUUGAGUCAGGCCGCGAUGAAAUCUCUAAAAUCUAGUUCACAACUGCAUGUAAACAGUUCGACGGAGGAAAAAACGGAAGAGAAAGACGUCGAUUUCUUCGCCGAACAAGACCAUUUCAAUUCCCAAGAACUUUCGAACAGGUCACAAUUAAACUUCAUAGAAUCAGAUGAGCCGGUUCGUCCCGUUGAAAACACAAAACUCGCCGAUCAAUUGAACCCCGGAGAAGGCCCGAAAGUCGAUUUCCUGCUAACGAACAACGCUCAUUUCGAACCGAAAAAAUCCUCCAUAUCUUCUCGAAAACCCGCAGCAAAGAAAUCAACACUGGGCGCCAAGAAAUCCGGCCUCGGCGCCACCAAAGUCAAAACGAACUUCGCCGAAUUGGAACGAGAGGCCGAACUGGCCGAAGAACAGCGCGCCAAGGCCGCCGAGGAGGCGCUCAAAAUGGCCGCGACGACGGCCAAGGAGCAGGAAGACCGCGACGCGGCCGUCCGGCUCGCCUACAAGGACAUCAGCCACCAGCAACAGAAGAAAGAAGAGCAAAUGCGCAAGGAGGAUCCCAAGAAGGCCGAUCAGCUCGAGCGGCUCGGCAUCGGCAUGGGCUCCAACUCCAGAUCGGGAAUCAGCCAUUCGGCGUUGAGCGACAUGCAGACGAUCGAGCAGGAGAACGCGCACGGGCCGAGCAGCACGCUGUCGUCGUUGGGCAAACUGCGGCUGGUCGACAACGACAAUUUCAUGGACGAUUAUUUCUACGGCAACACGUUGAACAUGAUCCGCAACUCGAACAGCUUCGGCGACGGCAAGAUGAGCGCGUUCCUGUCCGAUCUGGCCGAGGCCAAGUCGAUGGCCGACGGCAAAUCGGGCAAGGACAGUUGGGUGAUCAUCGACGAUCCGCCGGAGAAGCCCAGAUCGUCCGGUUUCGAGAGGGAGACCGAGAGGGAGCGGAAAAAGGAGAAGCGCGCUGUCGUGUCUUCUGCUAGCAGCAGCGACGAGGCUCAGAAGAAGUUCGGCAACGCGAAGGCGAUUUCUUCGGAUCAGUUUUUCAACGAUGCCAGCGCGGAUUACGAGACGAAGGCGAAUUUGAGCCGGUUUCAGGGUUCUUCCAGUAUAUCGUCGGCGGAGUUUUUCGGUAACGGGAAAGAAACGAAUUUGUCCAAUAGUAAUAUGCCGCAGUACGAUUUGGAGGAUGUGAAGGAGAGCGUGCGACAGGGGGUGACUAAAGUAGCCGAAAAAUUAGGUUCGCUGGCUAACGGAUUAGUGUCUUCGAUUCAGGAUCGCUACACUUACUAACAUUCGGAUUAUUGGAGUUUAGAUGAUGAAUUGGAGAAAAUGUCACAUUUGCACGAUUCGUAAGGUUCGUUUCGGAAAUUUCGGUUUCUGAUGAAUUUGUUGAAUUCGGAUGUGCCUUUGACAAUAUGCAUUGUAUAUUAGUAUUUUAUGGGCGUCGUUAAUUCGUAUAAGGCAAUAGCAGCAAUGAAUAAAUCCGCAACAAUUCGUCGUUUUUUCUGUUUUUAUAGUAGUAUAUAAUAUUAAUUUGUCCAUUUAAUUUAUCAGAAAUCGAUCAUUCGGUUACUACGUUUUGUUCUCUUAAAUAACAUGUACAUAUGUUGGUUGACAAAUCACGCGGAAAUUGUAUAACCAUUUCAUUAUAGCGAAACGUAAUUUUAAUUUUUUUGCCAUAUUGUUUACGAUCACUCGAGCAGGCCGUUGGUUUUCUUCAUAUUCCGCAAAAUCGGUACUUUUUAUUUCCAAUGUAAAAACGCCUCUACCACAUAUCUUUCAUCUCGGCAAACGCAUUCUGUACAGUAAUAGGUUAUUAAUACAUUUUAGCAGGUAGUUGGUAAUGUUAUUGUUGUUUCCAGUCAUUGUAUAAGACAAAUAUACCGAUAUUUUAUAAUCAAGAA